AUGCUUACCAACCUUGUCGCCCUCACAGCUGGCUUGGCCAGUACCGCCUCUGCCUUCACAUGCACUGGCAACUACUUCAGCUUCUUCAACCGUGGUGGAGAUGCCAUGACCUACCAGCGUCUCGAUCCAAUCCUUCAGCCUGGUACGCAGGGCACCCACAUGCACUCCUUCGAUGGAGGCAACGUCCUAUCCGCCUCGAUGGGUUUCGCCGAUACGCAAGCCGCAACAUGUACUACUGCUCGUAUCAAGACGGAUAAGAGCUUGUACUGGCGCCCCACACUCUACUGGAAUGGCAACGGAACUGGGUUCCACCUCGACAAAGACUUUACAUACAAGUACGGGGAUGGAGACAAGUGGGCCAACGUCACUGAAUUCCCUGGGCAAUUCAACAUGAUUGCUGGAGUUCCCGAGAAGCGCGCCGAUGGUGACAACCCAGCCGGUGUCCGCUGGGGAUGCCAUAACCCCGACGGCCGCAGUGACAAGAUUUUCGCCAACGGGUUUCCCACAGGCUUCCAAUCCUGCGACUACGGCUUCGCUUCUGAAGUCACGUUUCCUAGCUGCUGGAACGGAAAGCCACUGGAUCCCGAGAACCCCAACGCACACAUGGCGUACCCUACCAACGGUGGCGGCGUCGGCGUCGAGAACUGUCCCAUCACUCACCGCGCCGCGCGCUUCCCUACCGUCUUCAUCGAGUUCUGGUACGACAUCUCCUCGUUCAACAAGCAGCUACUGCUGAGACCGGGCGGUUGCAACUGCGGCUGCGGCUGCGGUCAAGAGGAGAUGGAGCAGUGCUUCGGUUCUGAGAACGUCAACAAAAACGAGGACACUGCUUGGGCUAAGUGCGGCUUGGAGAACGCCGGUGGCGAAAACUCCCCCGGUUGCAACCCCAUCCAGGCUGGCCCAGGUCCUGCCACCAAAGCGUCUGGAGCUGGCUGUGAUGCUAAUGACCUCCCUGCGUCAGGCGGCGCGAAGUCUUCGGCCGCCUCAUAUGCUGUUGCCAGCAUGGCGUCUGCCACGUCCUCCGCUACUGUUGCUCCUUCUGCUUCCUCUUCCAAGGCUGUGAACAACGAUUCCAACACCAAGGUCUCCUUGAGUAUCAGCCUCGGUAACAAGGGUCUAUCAGAGGCUCCAGCUGCCACCCCAGUUGCUUCUCCGGAACAGCAAUAUGGCAAUGCACCAUCUGUCCCAUCUGCGCCUGCCAAGCCUGACACUCCUGCUGGAUCUGAGCUUCCCUCUCUGUCGCUCGCCACCACUCCAGCUGCCAGCAAGCCCACUGGUGGUGCCAAUGGAGACUGCAAAGCUCCCAUCUACGUCACCCUCACUCCCACCGUCUAUGUGACCGCUGGCUCAAACGCCACUUCUUGUGGCAUGGGCACGGUCACCAAGACCAUGACGGAGACUGCUACCGUCACUGUGGCCGCGGCUAGCGGUAUCCAGUACGGCUCUUACUAA